GUACCAGUGAAGCAACCAGUUCAGACACAUGAUCAGAGAAAAUGCCUGAAAAUCAGAAUGCAAAGCUGGAAUGGAGUGAGGAGCUUCCUGUGGGAGCCGGCUUGGAAAACAACCACAACACGUGCUACCUGAACUCAGUUCUACAGUGCCUGACCUACACGGCUCCCCUGGCUAGCUACAUGCUCAGUGGAGAGCAUUCCAGGACAUGUCACCAGAAUGGGUUGUGUAUGAUGUGCACCAUGGAGGCUCACAUCACCCAAGUCCUGAACAGCUCAGGAAAAGUCAUUGAACCGUUUGGGGUGCUCUGUCACCUGCACCGUUUGGGCCCUCAGUUUGCUCUCGGAUUUUCACAAGAUCCACAUGAGUUCCUGCUGGGUACUUUGAAGGCCAUGCAUGAGUCUAGCACGUCUGGUAGUGGGUGCAGGAAGAUCCAGCCUGGAAUCAAUUAUGUUUCAUUUGGUCAAAACUCAAAGGUGCUGGUUUUCAAACUGAAUCCAGGUAAUUGCAACAAGCAUGUGGACUAUCCUGAGAAGCUGGACAUGAAGCCGUUCAUGUGUCAGCGCAGCAGAAAGCCAGAAAAAUAUGAGCUUUAUGGUAUCGUGGCUCGUUCUGCUCAUGACUCUGGCCAACAACACUGUUAUAGCUACGUCAAAGCCUGUAAUGGACAGUGGUACGAAUUAAACGACACAUUGGUCACUGUCAAAGAUAAAAGUUCAGCGCUGAACCAGCUGAUAUACAUGCUGUUCUAUAUCAGCACCAGCAGCAAAUUUGAUAUCAAACAACAAAAGAACAGAAAACGCAAGAUGCAGCAUGAAGGUGACGAGAUUCCAGCCAAAAAAAUGAAACUGGAACAGCCAGACAGCAAACCAACAUCUUCAGCUCACUUUUCUGUCCUGGAGGGCAAGAAGCGCAAGCGACUGGAUGAGGGUGAUGAGAGUCCAGCUCCACCCCAGCCCUCUGUCCAGGAAAGCCAAAGGCAACGACGAUUGGAUGAGGGUGAUGAGAAUCCAGCUAAGAGGAUGAAGCUGGAAAGGACAAAGAGCGACCCAACAUCUCCACCCCAGCUCUCUGUUCAAGAAAGCAAAGAGCAAAGGCAACUAGAUGAGGGUAAUGAGAAUCCAUCUGAAGGAAUAAAGCUGGAAAGGACAGAGAGGAACCAAACAUCUACACCCCAGCUCUCUGUCCUGGACUGCAAGAAGCACAAGCGACUAGAUGAAGGUGAUGAGAAUCCAGCUAAGAGGAUGAAGCUGGAAAAUCCACAGAGGAACCAAACAUCUCCACCCCAGCUCUCUGUCCAGGAGGGCAAGAAGCACAAGCGACUAGAUGAAGGUGAUGAGAAUCCAGCUAAGAGGAUGAAGCUGGAAAAUCCACAGAGGAACCAAACAUCUCCACCCCAGCUCUCUGUCCAGGAGGGCAAGAAGCGCAAGAGACUAGAUGAAGGUGAUGAGAAUCCAGCUAAGAGGAUGAAGCUGGAAAAUCCACAGAGGAACCAAACAUCUCCACCCCAGCUCUCUGUCCAGGAGGGCAAGAAGCGCAAGCGACUAGAUGAAGGUGAUGAGAAUCCAGCUAAGAGGAUGAAGCUGGAAAGGACAGAGAGGAACCAAACAUCUCCACCCCAGCUCUCUGUCCAGGAGGGCAAGAAGCGCAAGCAACUAGAUGAGGAUGAUGAGAAUCCAGUUAAGAGGAUGAAGCUGGAAAGGACAGAGAGGAACCAAACAUCUCCACCCCAGCUCUCUGUCCAGGAAAGCAAAAGGUGA